AUGGAGAAGAAGGAAAAGAACAACCCACAUCAAACCAUGGAUUUCCCUCAAGAUUUCAGGUGUCCCAUUUCAAUGGAGAUCAUGAAAGAACCUGUGACAAUCUCAACAGGCUUCACAUAUGAGAGAAAGAACAUUGAAAAAUGGUUCUUUACCUACAAGAAGACGACAUGCCCAACCACAAUGCAAGUCAUUCAUAAUUUUGAUACCACACCAAACCAUACUCUCAAGAGGCUCAUCCUAGCAUGGCAAAAUAGCCUCUCUCAAUCUUCUUCUUCACCACUACCAUCACCCAAGCACGACGAGCUAGUAUCUCUCCUCAACACUAUCGAGUCGACACCAUUCAAGGUGAGUUCUCUCAAGAAACUCCGAUCCAUCGUUGAAACUGACGAUGAAAUGCAUGAUCAUGUUAAGAAAUCAGGAGGGGUUGAAUUGCUUGUUAGGAUUGUAAUUCAAAUUCUGUCAGAAACCUCAGAUUUUAUCGCUUUUAGAGCUUCUGAGGAAGCUCUAGGUGUUUUGCAUCAUCUCUUAUUAUCAGAAGAAGAUGAAACAAAGACAAUUCAGAUGUUGUCAAAGCCGGAAUCAGUGAAAUCAAUGGCCAUCAUGCUUCAGAGAGGAAGUGCAGAGGCUAGGUUUUACGCCAUUUCGAUAUUCCAAAAGAUGGCGAAAACCGAUUAUAAUUGGAGCUUUGUUUUGAAAGAUCAAGGCAUGGAUUUGUUUAAAUCCAUGUUAGAGCUUGCUUCAGAUGAGAUAUGCACAAAAGCAAGUUCAUGUUCUUUACAAGUUCUUAUAGAGAUUCUGAGUUCAUCCAAAAAAAGCAGACUAAAAGCAAUCGAAGCCGGUGCCAUAUGUGUUCUCAUUGAUCUUCUUCCUGAUUCCAACCGUGCGGGCUUGUAG